AUGACAGCCCACUGGAAGACAACGACUGCCUUAAUAUGCAUUUAUGGAGUCUUUAAGGAAUUCCGGCCCGCUACUCCAUUCCUCACCCCAUAUCUUGCUUCGCAUUUCAAAAAUCUAACUUUAGACCAGAUUUAUGGAGAAAUUUUCCCCUUUUGGACGUAUUCUUAUAUGAUCUUUUUGGUGCCCAUCUUCAUUCUCACUGAUAUUUUUCGGUAUAAACCUAUUAUUGUCUUGGAAGGUGCAUGCUUAUCCUUGACAUGGGGACUUCUUGUAUGGGGUCAGGGAGUUCUUCAAAUGCAGAUUAUGCAGAUUAGCUUCGGACUAGCAUCAGCAUCGGAGAUAGCCUAUUUUUCCUAUAUCUAUGCGGUUGUGGAUGAAAAGGAGUACAGGCGGUGCACAUCGUAUAUUCGAACCGCAGCGCUCAUAGGAAAGUUGUUAGCAUAUGGAAUAGCUCAAAUCCUUGUAACUACUGGAACAGGAUCUUAUCUACUUUUGAAUCAGAUCUCUCUAGGAGCCGUUUUUAUCGUUUUCUUUAUCGCUCUUGCGCUUCCACGGGUACCUGCGCAGGCCCGACAAGAAGUCCACAGCGAACUUUUGGCAGAACGAGAAAGUAGGCGUGGUCAAGACAAUUCCACAAGAUUUGAAGUCGAACGUCAAAAACUCGAUCAAGGCGUCCGCCAUUAUUUGAUAACCACAUUAAAAAGCUUUCAAAUUUUCAAAGAUAAUUUUGUUGUGCUCAAAUGGUCCAUUUGGUGGUCUCUGACGAGUUGCGGGAUAUUCCAGGUGUGCUGGUCGUUCGUUUACGUCUUGGCCUGUGCCGUUCUUGCAUUUGGGAUUCAAUUUGCGAAUAUAGACUGGAUUAAAAACGGAGAAUUGACAUUAACUUUGUCUUCUUGCCUUAUUGCCAUCAUUUUGGCCGCAAUAUCACAAUGUAAUCAUGUGGUUUUGGCAUACAUGGGCUACGUGUGCGUCACGGCUAUCUACCAUGCCUGUAACAUUGCCACAGAACUUUCCUCUGCCAACUAUGGUCUCGUAUUCGGUUGGAACACUUUUGUUGCUGUUGUUCUGCAAACGCUGCUGACACUUCUGGUUGUAGAUUCUCAUGGAUUUAAUCUUAAAAUGCGAACUCAGUUUGUGGUCUAUGCGCUAUACUUUGCAGCAGUAGGAGUUUUGUUCCUGGCAGCUUUAAUAUACUCAAGAUUCAAGAAAACACCAGAUGAUAAGUCAACGGAUGUCACACAAGCGAAUAAUACUGAUAAUAAUAAUGAUAACUGA